CUGUGCUCAGUGGCUGCUGCUCUCUCUGGUGCUGGCUGGCUGGCUGGAGGUGGCGAUCUCUCUCUCACUAAAUUGGGAACCAGCUGGCAAAUACGGAUUACUAACUAGAUUAGAGUAGAGCACCUUCUGCGUAUCCUCGUAGAAAGUUUUAGGAGCCGGGGAUUUGGCCAGGUUUUCACCUUUCUCUCGAAUGCUGACAGCCUCUGGAGUCUUUUUAUAAAACGAGUUCAUCUGCAAGAGAAAUGGAAAAAGUAAAGGCAGCAGAGCAACACACAUUAACACAAUGGGGCAUAUCUUGUUGUUAUUGAUGCUUUCCAUUCCCAUAUUAUGUCUGACUGAUGGAGCUGAAACAGAACAAGAUUUCACCUGGCACUUGAAGAAGGUACCCCAGAUUGUGAGUGAACGGACUUUCUCCCUUGACAGCCCAAAAUUUGAGGCAAAAGCCAAAUUAGAACUGAGUAAUGUGUGUGGAAUUGAGUGCCAAAGGAGACUCCCAGUGCCAAGCUUGUCUGACCUGAAGGAGUUUCUGUCCUAUGAGACUGUUUUUGAGAAUGGCACACGGACCCUGACUCAUGUGAAUGUUCUAGGACUAGCAGUUGACGCAGCCAACACCACCACCACCACAAGAACGUCUUCAAGAAGAAAGAGGCAGAUAUAUGGCAUAGACAGCAGAUUCAGCAUCUUUGACAAGCGGUUCGUGACCAACUUCCCUUUUAGCACAGCUGUGAAGAUUUCCACAGGCUGCAGUGGCAUUCUUAUUUCCCCGAAGCAUGUUCUAACAGCCGCUCACUGUAUUCAUAAUGGCAAGGAUUACAUCAAGGGCAGCAAAAAGCUGAGGGUGGGAUUGCUGAAGAUGAGAUCUAAAGGUGAGGGCAAGAAACGCAGAGGUCAAAGGGGUAAGAGAGAGGUUUCUGUGGCAAGAGAUCACAGUGAGCGUACCUCAGAAUUGAAGCAGAGAUCCAAAGGUCAUGGCAGAAAACAAAAGGCAGCUGGGAGGAGUCAGAAAACCUCUGACAGUAAACCUUCCUUCCAGUGGACCAGAGUAAAGAGUACCCAGAUCCCAAAAGGCUGGUUUGAAGGCGUAACUGGGGAUGUUUCCCUGGAUUAUGAUUAUGCUGUUCUUGAGCUCAAGCGCCCUCACAAAAAGAAAUAUAUGGAGCUGGGAAUCAGCCCAACAAUCAGAAAGAUGCCUGGUAGCAUGAUCCACUUCUCAGGUUUUGAUGAUGAUCGAUCUGGGCAAUUGGUCUAUCGAUUUUGUAGUGUGUCUGAUGAAUCCAGUGAUCUCCUUUACCAGUACUGUGAUGCUGAGUCUGGGUCUAUUGGCUCUGGAGUCUAUCUCCGCCUUAAAGAGCCAAACAAGAAGAAAUGGAAACGCAAGAUCAUUGCUAUUUAUUCAGGUCAUCAGUGGAUGGAUGUCAAUGGUGUGCAGCAAGAUUAUAAUGUAGCAGUACGAAUUACUCCUCUCAAGUAUGCCCAGAUUUGUUUCUGGAUACAUGGGAAUGAUGAGAAUUGUACACAAGGCUGAUAAAAGCUGAAACUAGAUCAUCUAGCACCUAAAAUAUAAUAAAGUAAAAACUUGCCCUAAUAGUUAUUGGAAGAGCAUUGCCCCGUAUCUGGAAUUAUUUGAACCUGAAGCCUGCAAAUAUUUUGAUGUAUUGAGUAUUGCUACUCUUAGAGAGUUAGAAUUUUCAAAUUAGUUUUUUAAUUAUAUAAUAAUCAACAUGACAUGCACUUA